AUGUCAAAAGCAGCAAAGAAGAAAUCAAGCAAGAAGAAGUCUGGCUCAGAGGCAGCUCAAUUUGAUCAAAAGACAAUCCAAGAAUUUAAAGAAGCAUUUGGUAUUAUGGAUCAAAAUAAGGAUGGUGUAAUUGAUAAACAAGAUCUUAAAGAUCUUUAUGCAAUGAUGGGACAAAUUGCAUCAGAUGCGCAAAUUGAUGCAAUGAUCAAGGAAGCCCCUGGGCCCAUUAAUUUCACGGUUUUUUUGACAUUAUUUGGAGAAAAGCUGACAGGAACGGACCCAGAAGCAACGAUAGUUGGCGCAUUCCAAAUGUUUGAUAAGAGAGAUUGCGGAAAAAUAUCUGAAGAGGAGCUACUGAAAAUUUUGCAGAACAAACGAGGGGAACCCUUCGAUGAUGAUGAAAUCAAAGCAAUGUAUAAGGGUAAGCCACCAAUUGAAAAUGGCCAAGUUGACUACAAAGCAUUUGCUCAUUUGAUAACAACGGGCGCUGCUGAAGAACUUGCCAAGGCAUAA